AUGGAGCAUAGACGCGAUACUGGGCAUACGAUUCAUCUUCGCGGGAAAGGAAAAGUUAAUAGAAGUGAGGGCCAACCCCAAAUAAAAGCACUAAAGCAAUUCAAGAAGAUCUCCACUGCCUGCUCAGCCCUCAGCGAUCCAAACAAGCGAAGGCAAUGCGAUUUUAGUCGCGUGUUCAAAGCUCUUUUUAAUAAAUUAGGUGACUCGAUUCCUACUCAAAUUGUGCCAAAAGUUGUCAAUAAUGUUGAGGAAGAGGUGGAGUGGAGACGAAGAUCUCAAAUUGCCGAGCAGGCAUUCUGUAAAAGAGGCAGAGAUAAGGGUGCUGCAGAAGGAAAUGUUGAGUAA